AUGUCUGAUUUGUUUGCCCCUGCACCUGAACCUCCUACCGAGUUGGGCCGCUUGAACCUUUUAUCGAAAACCGCUGGUAUCAAAGUUUCUCCUUUGGUCCUUGGAGCUAUGUCGAUUGGGCAAGCAUGGUCUGAGGCUUUGGGAUCAAUGGACAAGGAGAGUAGCUUCAAAUUGCUUGACGCAUACUACGAAGCGGGAGGGAACUUUAUCGACACGGCGAACAACUACCAGAAUGAAGAGUCCGAAGCUUGGCUUGGCGAAUGGAUGGAGUCUAGGAAAGUUCGCGACCAGCUGGUGAUCGCUACAAAGUUUACAACCGAUUACAAAUCCUACGAAGUGGGCAAAGGCAGGAGUGCGAAUUUUUGUGGAAACAAUAGGCGCAGUCUACACGUAAGUGUGCGCGACUCUCUGAAGAAGCUGAAGACGGACUGGAUCGAUAUCUUGUAUGUUCACUGGUGGGACCAUAUGACUUCGAUAGAGGAGUUGAUGGAUAGCUUGCACGUUCUGGUGCAGCAGGGUAAAGUGUUGUACCUAGGGGCUUCUGACACACCAGCAUGGGUCGUGUCUGCCGCUAACUAUUACGCUGUGUCGCAUGGUAAGACGCCCUUCAGUGUUUAUCAGGGAAGAUGGAAUGUGAUGCUCAGAGAUUUCGAAAGGGAGAUUCUCCCAAUGGCCAGGCAUUUUGGUAUGGCGCUUGUGCCCUGGGAUGUUCUUGGUGGGGGAAGGUUCCAGACCAAAGAAUCUAUCGAGAAGCGUAAAGACCGUGGAGAGAAAUUGCGGUCGUUUGUUCAGCCUCCUGAGCAGACUGAGCAGGAAGUGAAGAUCAGUUCCGCUUUGGAAAAUGUUGCCAAAGAGCAUGGCACGCAUUCCAUCACAGCCAUUGCGCUUGCGUAUGUCAGGUCCAAGGGAACUAACGUCUUCCCGCUUGUGGGAGGCAGAAAGGUUGAGCAUUUGAAAGAUAACAUUGCCGCUUUGUCGAUCAAGCUGACUUCAGAGCAAGUCAGCUACCUCGAGAGUGUUGUACCCUUUGAUAUCGGGUUCCCAAACAAUUUUGUCGGCGAGGAUCCAGCGAUUUCCGGCAAGCUUCCCUUUGCCUCGGCCGCUUCUUACAAGCUAAACUUUGAUUCUUUGCAGUUCAAAUGA